UCUUUUGCAAGAGCUGAGACCCUCUCUAACUCCCCGGGCUGACACAUUCGGUAACAUCAACAACUCAUGAAAACCUGGAUAUUCACCUUUCUUUUCAGACCAGGAGAGAGAAGCUGGGGACUAUGAAACACCAUCUUCCCCAGUUUUUCAGAGUGCAUAAAACUUCCUGAGUAUCUUCAUAAAAAUCAUUGUUUCCAAAAAAAAACAAACAGUUGAGGCAAAAUGGAUCUUAAGACCAAACAUGGGCUGGUGCUGCUCGACCAGCUGAGGAAGAUGAGGGACGGUGAGCAUCUGACAGAUGUGGUGCUUGUUGCUGAGGGCAUCAGCUUUCCAUGUCAUCGGGUGGUUCUGUCCUCUUUCAGCCCGUACUUCCGUGUGAUGUUUACAUGCGGCCUGCGUGAGUGCAACAACAGAGAGAUAAUCCUGCAUGACACCCCUGCAGACAGCCUGGCCCUCCUCUUGAACUACAUGUACUGCUCUGAUCUUCCUCUCACUAACGCCAAUGUACAGGGCAUCUCCAUUGCAGCGUUUCUCCUGCAGAUGGACGACGUCUUCACUCGCUGCCAGCUGCACAUGACUGAGAACAUGGACGCCUCCAACUGCCUUGGCGUGUAUUACUUUGCACGCGACCUCGGCUCGGAGGAAUUGGCGGACCAUGCCCAGCGCUUCCUGCGGCAGAACUUUGUUCAGGUCUGCCAAAAUGAGGAGGUCCUGGAGUUGGAGGCCCAUCAGCUGGGAAAGCUCCUGGCCUCUGAUGACCUUAAUGUUUCACAAGAAGAAACAAUCCUGGAUGUUGUCCUACGCUGGGUCAAGCACAGUCCUCUGAUGGACGGAGAGGUCCGUUUUCUGCACCUUCCAGAGCUGCUGAGGAAGGUCCGUCUGCCGCUGAUAAAGGCUGACGUUUUGAGAGAGGCAAUGAAGAGAAACACAGCCCUGCUGGCAGAUGCGGAAUGUCUAGAGAUUCUCAACCAAGCCUUGGAGGCCACAGCGAUGCAUCCCUCCGCCGCACCGCGCAGACUAAAGCUGCGGUACGGCAUGGAGACCACGGAUCUGCUGCUCUGUGUUGGAAACGACGGCGGCGGGAUCAGGUCAAGAUACGGCAACUACACCGAGCGCAGCUUUUGCUACGCCCCGUUCACGGGCCGGAUCUACUACAUCACCUCACCUCGCUACGCAGAGGCUCUGGGGUAUGUGUGCGCUGGAGUUGUAACAGAAAGAAAUGACAUUAUAGUGGCAGGAGAGGUGGGGCAACGAAGAAUGGCCCGACCGAAGGACGCGAACGUUGAGAUCUACAGGUACAGAGUAGAGGCCCAAGGAAGCUGGGAGUGCCUGACGUCGGCUGAAUAUCGUGAUUCAUACGCUCUGGGGUCACUUGGGGAUACUUUGUACCUGCUGGGCGGGCAGAUGAAGCUGAAGAACCAGUUUCUCAUCACUAACUGUGUGGAGCGGUGGUCUCUGCAAGGAGGACCCUGGCGGAGUGCGGCACCGCUGCCGAUACCUUUGGCCUAUCACAGCGUGGUCAAGAUGAAAGAUUGCCUUUAUGUUAUGGGUGGUAGAACCCCACAGUCUUACCGGAUGGAUGAUGAGCCCGACCGCCUCAGUAACCGCCUCCUGGAGUAUGACCCCAACACAAAUAAGUGGAAAGAGCUGAGCCCAAUGAAGUACUCAAAGUACCGCUGCAGUGCUGUCGUACUCAAUGGCGAAAUUUUUGUGAUGGGGGGUAUUGGGUGCGAGGGUGUGGAUUGCGGACAAUCACGCCGCUGCCUCGAUGCUGUAGAGAUCUACAACCCAGAUGGAGAUAAUUGGAGGGACGGACCUCCUCUGCCAUCUGCACAGCUCUCACUCCGCACCAACGCCUCAAAUGCCGGAGUGGUUGGAGGCAAGAUCUACGUGUGCGGAUACUACAAAGGAGCAGAUCGUCACGAUGACAUAACAAAGGAGAUUUUGGAGCUGGAUCCAUUGGAGAACCGGUGGACUGUGGUGGCUCGACACGCUCUGAUGCAUGACAACUAUGACGUCUGUUUAGUGGCAAGUCUGAACCCAAGGGGACUUCUGUCCCCAAGUGCAGAUCUGGUUAAACAGUGACACCCCUGUCAGAUCAAGUCAAAGUGCGUGCAAGAUAAUUAGCAAAGGAAAUUAAUUAUCAAUGAAGUUAUUGCUGGCUCAAAGGCACUUUUUUUCUUUGAGCAAACGUUUUCACGGCCCUCCGUUAAAGAGGAUGCGUGGAUAGCAAUUUGCACGUCGCUAUGGGUGAUUCUGAUGCGAGUGAGAAGAGAAAGAUCAUUAGGAAUCACAGCAUUUGCUAUUUUUAAUCUUAAAUAUCUGCGGUGAUUGAUUGUGGGAAUUCUGUGACCGUGUGGCACGAAGCAUUAUCGGCCACAAAAUUAAAUUUCUUUUGACAUUAACUAGACAUUAGACCAGUUAGAAAUAGAGCUACAAUUUGUUGAUUGCUUAAAAGAAUUGGCAUCAAUGUUUACGUCGAGCAAACAAUGUGUUGAGCUCUUCGAAACAAACACACUGAAAACUUUACAGUGGUCAAACAAAAAUGAGAGGGAUUUGUUGACAUUUCUUUUACUAAAAAACCCCAAUUAUGUGGACAGUAUAUGCUGGCAAAGUAUGAUUAAUCUACUAUAGGGUAAAAACUUAAAAAUCGUUACAAUGAAUAAAACAUUUUAUAAGUCAAAUGCUGUUUUUGUGGAAUAUAAAAUGUUUUCUGCCAAUAAAAAUGCACCUUAAUA